AUGGCCAACAAUACCAUUGGCCAAGGUGCUAACAUGCCUUCUAUUGGUAGCCUAAAUCCACAGAGUGCUAUCCAAUACGUUAACAAUCCCCUUCAGAGUCCGCAACUCCAGACGACUUCGAUACAAAAUUCCCCUUCACAACACAGCCCUAUGGGAACACAACCUCAGGUUGGCGCAAAAGUGAAUCAAGUUGGUGGAGGUGAUCAAACUACACAAUUACUUAGUAGACCUCGCCUUCAAGAGCUAGUGCGAGAAGUAGAUCCAACAGUACAGUUGGAUGAAGAGGUAGAAGAAAUGUUGCUGCAGCUUGCCGAUGAUUUUAUAGAUACAACAUUGAAUGCUGCAUGUGCACUAGCAAAGCACAGACAUGCACCUAGUGUGGAGCUUAAAGAUGUACAACUACAUUUAGAACGACAAUGGAACAUGUGGAUACCUGGUUUCGGGAAUGACGAAUUGCGUCCAUACAAACGCGCCGCUGUCACAGAGGCACACAAACAACGUAUGGCUCUUAUUAGGAAGACAAGCAAAAAGUAUUAG